AUGAAGCUCACGGCAUUGCAGGCUGUCCUUGGGUCGGCUCUGAUUCUCGGUACGGCACAAUCGGCUGUUGCUGAGAUUCAGGUUGGCCACCGCGUCGCCCAUCAACACUACGGAAAGCGCAGUAGCCACAACCAUGGCACUGGCCAUGGCGAAGGGCUGGAGCUGCGGCAAUCCGAGGCGCAGCACCGCCAGCGCCAGGAGAUAGAAUCUUUUCCGGCCCACUCGCCGGCUGCUGCUGUUGCUGACGACGAGUCUAGCCCGGUCAAGAAGCGGGCUGUCUGCACCCUCCCGACCGACGCGGAUCUGGUGUCGGUCCCAGGAGCAUCCAACGGCGGCUGGGCCAUUGCGCCGGAUAAGCAGUGCACGGCGGGGUCGUGGUGUCCGAUUGCGUGCGUGUCGGGCAAGGUGAUGGCACAGUGGAAGCCGCACACCUCUUACACGUAUCCGGAGUCCAUGGACGGUGGGCUCUACUGUGACGAAGACGGCACGCCCAAGAAGUCGUUUGAAAGCGACCCGUACUGUGUCGACGGCACGGGAACUGUCUCUGCUGUCAACAAGUGCGGCGAGGUCAUUUCGUUCUGCCAGACGGUCCUUCCGGGUGACGAGGGCAUGUACAUUCCCACCGAUGUCAGCGGCACCACCGUUCUGGCUGUGCCGGGUCCGUCGUACUGGGCAAGCACUGCAGCACACUACUACAUCAACCCGCCCGGCACGUCUGGCGCCGACGGCUGCAUCUGGGGAACGUCUUCCAACCCGAUCGGAAACUGGGCUCCUUAUGUAGCUGGUGCCAAUACGGACUCGUCAGGCGAGACAUAUGUCAAGAUCGGCUGGAACCCUAUCUACACCGGCUCCGGCCUCAGCAGCACGAAGCCGACUUUUGGCCUGCGUAUCGAGUGCUCUGGCUCCGGGUGCAACGGUCUGCCGUGCUCGAUCGACGCUGACAACAUGGACGACUUCAGCGUCUCGAGUUCCGAAGGCUCGACCGGUGCUGGCGUGUACUCAACGUCGGCGCGGAAGGCAAAAUCGAUCAUUGCGGGCGGCAUUUUCCACGAGAACGGGACGGCGACAGCAGUUGUAUCUGUAGCGAGCUCGACAGUCGUGGCUACGACAACCUCCUUGACGGCCGCGACCAGCACCGAACCAGCACCAGCUUCGACAACCUCAUCUAAGAACGAGGGAUCAAAGCACCAAGGUGGUGCUGCUGUGGUGGGCCUGCUCGUUGCUGUUGUGGCCAGCCUUUGGCUCUGCUGA